CAGCACUCGUUUCAACUGCUCACCACAAAUGCAACCGAAACGGAUUUCUAAUGGGAGAAAACAGAUUGUCAACAAAACGGAACCGCUGAGGGGACAGGGCCAGAGAACAGUCAUAUGAGGCUAAUGCAGGAAGUAACUGCAGCCCUCAGGAAUCACAGAAUACUGUUCCACCUCUUCUCUCCUUCUCCGGGAGCAUGCCAUCUGAACCUUGUGUCAGUGGGCAGGAGCUGGUAACAGACCAGAGGCUAUGCCAGUCCAAAUCUCACCAGGACUCCGUCCUCUCCGCCCUCAACCAGCAGAGGAAGGAUGGCCUACUCUGUGAUGUCACCCUGGUCGCCGGCGACCAGAAGUUCCACGCCCAUAAAGCAGUGCUGGCGGCGUGCAGCGAUUACUUCCAGGCCAUGUUCAGUCUGUGCAUGGUGGAGAGUGAGGCAGACGAGGUGACUCUUCAGGGAGUGACCAGUGUGGGACUGAAACAUGCACUAGACUUCGCCUACACGGGACAGAUAAUGCUGGAGCCAGGGGUGAUUCAGGACGUUCUGUCGGCAGGAAGUCACCUUCAGCUGCUGGAGCUGCUCAGUCUUUGCUCCCACUACCUCGUCCAGGAGCUGAACAGUGUUAACUACCUGGACCUGUACCGUGUGGCUGAUCUGUUCCACCUCCCUGCUCUGGAAGAGGCUGUGGUCAGCUUCCUGGUAGAACACCUGUGUGAGCUGCAGCAGAGCCGCCAGGAGGAGGUGCUGCUGCUCCCCUACCGCCUCCUCAGGGAGGUGCUGAAGAGCGACCGCCUCACCUCCCUCAACGAGGAGGAGAUCUGGCAGCUGGUGGUGUGCUGGUUAGAGCAUGACUGUCGGUACCAGUACACCGAGGACCUGAUACAGCACGUUCGUUACGGUCUUAUGGAUGUGGCCGCCCUGCACCACAUGGCACAGUGCCACCCGCUGGUCCAGUCCAGUGCCACCGCCGCCGCCCUAGUGGACGAGGCUCUAGAGUACCACCGUGCCACCUACGCCCAACCCCUCCGCCAGACCGCCCACACCAAGCCCCGCUUCCAGUCUCUCACCCUCUACAUCGCCGGCGGGCGCAAGCGCGAGGUGAGCCGCGUACGGGAGCUGCGCUACUUCAACCCGGCCGCCCAGGAGAACGUGCGCGUGGCCGGGUGCUCCAACUGGAGCGAGCUGGCGCCCAUGCCCGCCGGGCGCAGCCACCACUGCGUGGCCGUCAUGGGUCACUUCCUGUUUGUGGCGGGCGGCGAGGUGGAGCAUUCCACGGGGAGGACGUGUGCGGUGAGGACCGCCUGUCGGUACGACCCCCGGGGGAACCGCUGGACAGAGAUAGCCUCCAUGAAGGCGUGCAGGGAACACUUUGUCCUGGGAGCUCUGGGCCAGUACCUGUACGCGGUGGGGGGGAGGAACGAGCUGAGACAGGUGCUGCCCACCGUGGAACGCUACUGUCCGAAGAGGAACAAGUGGACCUUCGUCCAGUCCUUUGACCGCUCGCUGUCCUGUCACGCCGGCUGUGUGGCUGACGACCUGCUCUGGGUCUCAGGUGGAGUCACAAACACAGCUCAGUACCAGAAUAGACUGAUGGUGUACGACCCAGAACAGAACCAGUGGCUGGCCCGCAGUCCCAUGCUACAGAGGCGAGUGUACCAUGUCAUGGCCGUGGUGAGAAGGCAGCUGUAUGUGCUGGGAGGAAAUGACCUGGACUACAACAACGACCGUAUCCUGGUCCGCCACAUCGACUCCUAUGACAUAGACAUGGACCAGUGGACCCGCUGCACCUUCAGCCUACUCACGGGUCAGAAUGAAUCUGGAGUGGCAGUCCAUGAUGAGCGAAUCUAUGUUGUCGGUGGAUAUUCUAUUUGGACCAAUGAGCCCCUAGCGUGUAUCCAGGUGUUGGACGUGAGCACGGAGGGGAAGGAGGAAGUGUUCUAUGGGCCAACUCUACCGUUCGCCUCCAAUGGAAUAGCAACGUGUUUCCUCCCUGCCCCCUGCUUCACCUGCCCCAACCUCCAGACUCUACAAGUGCCCCAUCACAGGAUAGGGCCUGUCUAACACACUAAUAGAGACUACAGUAAAUGUCUACAUAGACACAUCAUGCAGCUCUUAUGGACAUACAAUUAUGUAACCCAAAAUAACUCCUUCACAACACCCCCACUCUUCCUCUAAAUGCAUUCACACACUAUUGCCACCCAGAUAAGAUUACCCGCGUCUUCGCCAGUUUCAGGAUCCCAACCUGACCACUCCAAGUGCAGGCGUCACUGCCCAUCCUGAGGCCUUGACACGACCCAUAAACUGAACAAAAACGUGGCCCUGAAUGAAAGGAGGGACCUCAAGAGGACAUUGAGGAGGUUCCCCUAUUCAGCUACCCUGUGAUGAUGGACUGAUCUUCCAUCAGCUGUAGGGUCGGGGUCAAUUCAGGAAGUAAAACAGAAAUUCUGAUUUGCAAUUUUGAUCAUUGAAAAGCGUUGAGAAUAAUAGAUAUUCGAUUGGAAUAAUAUAUCCUGAAUUGACAUAGAAUUGACCCCAACCCUGCUCAGAUGACUGGUUGAGUAAAGGGGCUGCUCUAGUCAAUGGUGCAGAACCCCAACCCUGCUCAGAUGACUGGUUGAGUAAGGGGGCUGCUCUAGUCAAUGGUGCAAAACAGAAGAUCGCAAUGCUGGAGCACUCAAGGGGAGCAGAGCUCUCUACGGAGUGAAAUGGCUCCCUCUUUUACUAAUGCACUCUAGGGCUAUUGGCACUCUAACUAGCUGUACUUACUACUUACCAUAACCCAUCUACUCCAUCCAAAGCCAAUGGACCCAUCCAAGGUCAUUUCAAUUGAAACCUGUUGUGUGAACUGUGGACCCCGUCUUACUCUUUCUUGAGCGUGUGUUUUCUAUUCAAGCUCAGGAUUUACGACUGUUUCAACAGUUCAAUGAAUGUCUGACCACUGUUAUCGUACAGUGCAUAUACUCAACAUACUGUAUGUAGGAGAACCUAAGCUAUGUGUUGCCCCUGUCUUAUGCCAUUUUCAAAACGUCUUGUUUUACUUUGAGCAAAAAAAUAAGACAAAGGUAAUUCUGUAACUCCACCAGCCUCCAGCAGUGAGAGGUGUGAGGGGAAAAAAACAUGUCUUGUUUUCAGAAUAAAGAGGUACAGUACUGUAUCAAUAAAGCCCAUAAUCAGUUGAAUCGAGCAAGUUAAUCCGCUGUAUUGUCUUAGUAUGAAAUAGGGGAGUGUUGUUUAAAAAAAUAAA